AUGAACCCAUCCCUGUCGCCCUGCAGAGGAUGCUCAGGGACCACCAACGCGUCCUUUGUUUUCGUUGCUCUCCCGCUUCCGGUACACGCAACGGUCGAGGAGGUCGACGAUGCUCCGCUUCUGCCUGCCGCGCCCUCCGCGAACAUCCCGCCGUACGGCAAGCGCAAGGGAUGGAAGCCCAAGGCCGCUGCAGACUUUGGAGACGGAGGAGCGUAUCCCGAGUAUCCUUUGGAGAUGGGCCGCAAGAAGGUUGACGCCGAGGGAAAUGUGAGGUACGAUGCGAUUGCCCAGCAGGGAAGAGCAGCUGGAACACGCGUUCAGUCGAGCUUCAAAGGUAUGACUGAUCUGACGGAUGACGACCGCGCGAUGAUCCGACCGGACGCUGCUGCCAUCAACGAGGUUACCGAGAGGACGAAGGCUGCUCUUGAGAAGAUUACGAACGGCAAGAUCAAGGCUGCCCAACCGAAGCACGUCCCGAAGUCAAACAACGAUGCUUCGUACAUCCGAUACACGCCCGCAAACGCUGGCGCCGAGGGAAAGCAGCGUAUCAUCAAGAUGACGGAAGUGCAGGAGGACCCGCUUGAGCCGGCACGCUUCAAGCACAAGAAGCUGCCUCGUGGACCGGGCUCUCCGCCGGCGCCAGUCAUGCACUCGCCGCCGCGUGCUCCGACAGCCCAAGAGCAAAAGGAUUGGAUGAUCCCGCCCUGUAUCUCCAACUGGAAGAACAACCACGGUUUCACCGUUCCGCUGGACAAGCGCCUUGCUGCUGAUGGACGAGGACUGCAGGAUGUUCACAUCAAUGACAACUUCGCCAAGUUCUCCGAGGCGCUGUACGUCGCCGACCGCCACGCCCGCGAGGAGGUUCGCGCUCGUGCGCAGAUGCAGCAGCUGCUCGCGCAGAAGGAGAAGACGCAGAAGGAGGAGAACCUCCGUCUCAUGGCGCAGCGUGCGCGCGAAGAGCGGAAUGGAGGCCCCUCCGGGUCUGGUGGCGACCGUAUUGCUGGCGGCGCUGCUCCGGCCAAGCUCGGCAUGGGUCUUGGCGGAUAUGGCAGCGGAAGCGACUCGGACAGCGAUGCCUCCGAUGCCUCGGACGCAGAGUCUGACGAGGACGAGGCUGCCAUUCGCGAGCGUGAGGCUGUCCGUGCCGAGAAGAGGAAGGAGCGCGAGAAGGAGCUGCGUAUGUCGAACAUGGGCUCGGAGCAGCGUGCGAAGAUUAUUGCGCGCGAGGCGAAUCGUGACAUUUCGGAGAAGAUUGCCCUCGGUCUCGCCAAGCCGACAGCGUCAAAGGAGACGCUCCUCGACUCGCGUCUGUUCAACCGCGAGUCGCUUUCGACCGGCUUCGGCGGCGACGACUCGUACAAUGUCUACGACAAGCCGCUGUUCUCCGGCUCGUCGGCUGCUGCGGCCAUCUACCGCCCUGCGACGAACAGUGGCGGGAACGACGAGGCCUUUGGUGGCGGUACCGAGGAGGGCAUCCGCGCCGAGCUCGACAAGGAUCGCUUCCAGCUCGGCAAGGGCAAGUUCGAGGGCGCGGACCCGACCGAGGUGCGCACCGGCCCCGUGCAGUUUGAGAAGGACGUCGUUGUGUCCCUCGACGGCGCGGCAGACCCCUUCGGUGUCGAGCAGUUCCUCGACGCUGCCAAGCGUGGAGGCAAGCGCGCGGCCGACAGCGACGAGAGCGCGCGGAAACGUGCUCGCGACGACUGA